AUGCAACCAUCACGUAACUUAGUCCUACUUGGUGCUUUAAUUGGUCUUAUUCCAAUUGUUUUGGGUAUUGUGGCGCUUGCUACCCCUAAAUGGAUCCAAAUACUAACAACAAAUUUCAGUCUUCUCAUAUGUGGUACUACGAAUAUUUGUCUAGAAUCACCACAUUCUGAUACCACUAACGGUUUGGAAAUAGCUGGAGUUGUUGCAAUAGCAGUUGGUGUAAUUCUUUCAGUUAUUUUUGGCAUGUCUUCUAAAAAUCGAUGGAUUCAUCUAUUGCCACAAAUUUUUCUAAUUUCUGGAUCAAUUCUAAUACUAAUUGGCUUUCUUCUUGAACAUUUGGCUAUGAUAACGAUGCAUUAUUAUCAUAAAUUUGCGAUUAUAGGUUUCAUUGUUGGUCUGUGUGCAAUAAUUUUGGGUAUUAUUGCACUUACAACAUCAACUUGGAUAAGUAUAAAUCAUGAUCAAUCAUUACAUCCAAUUAUCUAUGAUCUUUUUCGACAAUGUAAUAAAAAUGAAACAAAUAAAUGUACAAAUAUAGAUAAUUUUCGAAUUCCUCAAUAUUUUGAAAUUAUUGGCUAUAUUAUAUUAGUAAUCGGUCUUUUUGUUGGUGUUCUAUGUACUGCAUUAGUUAAUCAACGUAGUAUUCAUUUUAUUCCACCUAUUAUCCUUAUUAUUGGUAUAAUAAUGAUUUUUCUUGGCUUUAUUUUUUAUAUUAAAGAUGUAGUCGAAAGCAAUAAUACAUUAAUAAUUACAAAAUUACAUUUUGGUUCUAGUAUGAUAUUGAUGAUUUCAACUUGUAUUAUUGGAUGUUUCUUAGCAGCUUAUUUUUCAUUUACUGCUGGCUAUAUUCAUCGACAUAUUCUUGCUACAGUCAAUAUUUAUUAA